CGUCKACCGCCAAAACUUUAUUGGAAAGCAAUUACUAAGUUCACAACGAUAUGUCGUUGUUAUGGCAACUGAUAAGAUAGCUCGUUUGAGUAGAAAUGUUCAUCUUUAUAAAAUGAUGAAUGGAAGAGCGACUGACAGCAACCCUGCUGUCAAAAUCAUUCGAAAAAUAAUUUUCUGUUUUCAAUAACUCUUUCGAAAGUGAUUCGUAGUUUUUCUACUUUAGUUCUCGUAAUCUUCUAAUUUAUAUUUCAAACUUUUCAUCUUUAUUUGAUGUGGAAAAUGAAAAGAACAUUGUUUGCUUUUGUUGUUUUGACUUUACUUUCUUUAUCGUUGGCGUCCAAUGGAAGAUUUCAAAACUCGAAUGUGAAAAAUGACACUUUGCAGCGUCAAGACUAUGGACCAUUUAUGCGAGCACACGAAGUAGACUACUGGACUAAAGUAGCAAUCGUCAGUAUGACAGUAAUUACAACUCUAUCUUCAUUAAUCAGCAACAGCCUCAUCAUCCACAGUGUUCGAGUCAACCGACACAUGCACACAACARCCAACUACUUUAUAGUCAACAUGGCCUGUGCAGAUAUUCUUCUUGCUCUAAUUGGGGGUCCUUAUAACAUUAAGUAUACUAUCGAGUGGUUUGCCUGGUUUCCAGGGCUGCUUGGACUGAUCACAUGUGAUGCUUAUACGAUUGUACAGUAUAUAGGAGCUAGUUGUUCAACGUUCAGUCUUGUGGUAAUAUCAUUCGACAGACUGAUGGCUGUCAGUUACCCUUUGAAGUACAAAAGCCAUUUUUCAUCAAGCAAGUACCUUAUGAUACUAACAUGGCUAGUCUCCGUUGGCUUAGCAUUUAUACCUUUAGGUCAAUCAGAUGUUGUCACUUUCCCCAGUGAAGACAAAACAUAUUGUUUCCCCAGGAGCAGGGCUAGUUUUGAAACUACUUCUAUCUUAAGUGUUCUACUUCCAAUAACUCUCGUCAUCAUACUCUGUUUUGCUAUUGGAUACAAGGUGUGGAACAGAAAAGUCCCCGGAGAAGGUGGGCAACAGGCUGUUGAAAGGACAUCUAGGAAAGCAACCUACAUGGUAAUAUCAGUUGUUUUGGCUUUUAUUGUUGCAUGGGCCCCAGUAUUGAGCUCUAGCCUUGUAUUUCAUCAAGACAGGAGUGUGUUUGUUAUAGGAAUUUUCUGGCCCAUAACUUACUCAUUCGCAUUUCUUAACGGCCUAUUUAACAUGGCCAUCUUCUAUAACUUCAGUGAAAACUAUCGUAGUGCUUUCAAAAGUUUGUUUAGCAAUCAURGAUUGAUGUUUCAGCGAGCAGCACCUAACAACAGCAUGGUUGCCAGSGGAUUAUCAACGUCGGAAGGGGUAGUCAAUGUGGUUGCUAUGAGACCAGUGAAUAAUGACUGARUAAAUGAUUUUAGAAACAGMAAAUGUGCUGAUAA